ACUUGUUCAUUGUUUUGGGGGCCGAUACACAAGCAACAACGGACGGCCCUAGAGGACCGGGGGGUGCUUCUCGUGUCUUAGGAGGAAGGGACGAAUCUCGCUCCCUUUCCACAAAGCGGCGCUGGAUCCCUCCUUCAACCGUAAGACGAGAUGCACUCACCCCAGAAAAUCGCAAUGAUCUCAUUUUCCGUAAGGUGCGGGGUAUACUCAACAAGCUCACCCCAGAGAAAUUCCAGAAGCUGAGCGAUGAUUUACUCCAAACAGAACUUAAUUCAGGUGUGAUUCUCAAAGGAGUUAUAUUGCUGAUCUUUGAAAAAGCCCUUGAUGAGCCCAAAUACAGUUCUAUGUACGCACAGUUGUGCAAGAGGCUGUCUGAGGAAGCUCCAAACUUUGAACCACCAAACAGUCCCUGUACCUUCCGUCUGCUGCUUCUGAACAAGUGUCGAACCGAGUUUGAAAACCGUUCCAAGGCAUCUGAAGCAUUUGAACAUCGAGAUGGCCCCCUGGCGCCGGAGGAGGAGGAGCGACGACAGCUCACCAAGCGCAAAAUGCUUGGAAACAUCAAGUUUAUCGGAGAACUGGGUAAGCUGGAGAUAUUGUCAGAGAGUAUACUCCACCGCUGCAUCCAGCAGCUGCUCUCUGACAAGAAGAAGAACCGUGGAAGUGGGUCCAAGGACAUGGCCGAGGACUUGGAAUGCCUCAGUCAGAUAAUGAGAACUUGUGGGCGCAUUUUGGACUCUGACAAAGGAAAGAAACUGAUGAAUCAGUAUUUUGAGCGGAUGAGCACUCUCGCAGAGAAUCAAGAGUUACCGCUGCGAAUACGCUUCAUGCUCCGAGAUGUCAUUGAGUUGCGUCGGGACAAAUGGGUCCCCCGCAAGGCGACCAAUACAGAGGGCCCCAUGCCCAUACAUCAGAUUCGUGACGAAGAACCUCGCAAUAGUGUCCGAGGAGGCUAUCCUCCCCAUGUCGGGCCUGGUGCAGGCCCUGCUGGUCGAAUUCCUGGAGCUGGAAUUCCUGCUUUGUUUGGGCAUCCCCUUAAGAUGCGCAGUGGCUUGGAAGAAGUGUUGCCACCUUUCCCAUUGGGUACAUCUCUAACAACCAUACCAGUUCCACACGACAAGUUCUCAUUUGGCGGAAAUGGUUUCCAGUCCAACUUUCGCCCUGGUAGUAGUCAGUCACGGCCACAUCAGCAGCAGACUUUCUAUCCUGGAGCUUCUAAUGGCAAUAGACAGAACUUCAAUCAGAACCACAGCAAACAGAACCACAAUGUCAACAACGCCCAACAGCAACAAAACUUCAGUAACUCUGGGAACAAGGAGCUACCGCCUCGUUUCAAGAAUAAGAUUAUGUUGGCACAACAACAAGGUCAAGGCAAUCUUGAGGAUGUUUCUUUGAGACCUGCCCCCAUGUCCAUGAUGUUCAAACCAACCAAUACUAAGCCAGUGUUGCUCAAUCCAGGUCGCCCCACUGGUUUGAUGAGCGAACCACUAAUGGCUCCACCUCAGCUGAAGCCAAGCCCUCCACUGCUGCAUAAAGAGGCCCCAAUACUCAUUAAACAGGCCUCACUUGACAAGAACAAAGGGGGAAAGAAAGACAAGGGCCCCAGCAAAGAAGACAUCCUUAAGAAGAUAGAAUCACUUAUGGAAGAGUACCUUCGAUCUGGUAAUGUGCAGGAUGCCCUCAGCUCAUACCGGGAACAGAAGAUACCUGACAGAUUUGUUCGCUAUGUUCUACUUGCCAUCAUGACACAGACCUUGGACAAAAAUGACGCAGACCGUGAGCUGGCAGGUAAUUUGAUCAUAGAAUUAAAGAAGGAAUCGCUUGUGACUUCUGCUCAUUUCCUGGAGAGUUUCCGUGAACUUGUUUCACAUGUGGCUGAAAAGGAUCAGGAGAUUCCACGCAUAUAUUCUCAUGUUGCAGGUUUUGCAGCCCAUGCUGUCUCGGAAGAGCUCAUUACUCUUGUGGAAAUCUCAGAGAUAACAGAAAAUGGUGCAUAUUACCCUUUGUUCAUGCUGAUUUUGCAACAACUUUACAAGACUCAAGGCAAAACAAGAUUAACACAACUCUUCAAUAAUAGUAAGGUUAAUCUGUUGAACAUGUUGCCUGAAGUGGACCGAACUAAGGACCGACUCUCAGAGAUCCUUGAUGACCGUGGACUCACAUUUCUGUUUCCACUUCUGCGGAUCCAGUCGGAACUGUGGAAACAGUUGCAGGCAGAUCCAAAUCCUACUCAGUUCUAUAAAUGGAUCAAGGAGAACCUAGAUCCAUCACAUCACACAAAUGCUGGAUUUAUCAAUGCACUCAUGACUGUGCUCGUCAGAUACAUCACUCAGGAAUCUACAUUGGUUGAGGGGUGUGACCCAAACACAGUCCCUGACAAGGCUCUGCAGGAGAAGGAGAAAGCAUUGCUUGAGAAGUUGAAACCGGUGCUGCAGGCAUUCCUUCAUGAACAGACAGACCUGCAAGUGAUGGCCGUGUACUCUCUGCAGGUCUACUGUUACUCACUGCACUUCCCAAAAGGUAUGCUGCUCCGAUGGUUUGUAAAUCUCUAUGACCUGGAGAUUGUGGAAGAAGAUGCAUUUCUCAAGUGGAAGGAAGAUAUUACUGAUGCUUACCCUGGCAAGGGGAAGGCUCUGUUCCAAGUAAACCAAUGGUUGAUGUGGCUGGCUGAAGCAGAAUCUGAGGAAGAGGAGGAGGAAGAUGGAGAUAAUUAACUGCUGCAUGCUUAGGAACAGUGAUAAGGACAGAAAUUUGUAGGUGAAGCCAUGUUUUAAUUCUGCAGUGGAAGGAUGAACUCUUCAAAGCAUUUUAUCUCUAGGAUCUAAAGGGGGGAGGGUGGUUAACAAGGUAUCUUUUAUAGUAGAGUGGUUUUGUGUGGAGAUGGUGGUGACAGUGACUUAGAAUUAUAAUGGAGCACCCAUUUUAACAAGCAGAAUGAUAACACAUCCACAAUUACCAGCAUAAUAUGAAAAUUGUAAAAAGAAAUACUGCCCUGCGUAGUUAAUGAAGGGUCUGCGAUUUUGAAUUUUUAUUAGCACUCUCUGCAUUGUUGGACUUUGUGUUUUCUUACAUUGCUGGUUUCAGACGUCUUGAGCGGUUAGUGUACUAGUGAUUUGGUUGUAGAUGAAUGUGGUCGAGCAAGAGUGCAUGGCUGGAAAAAUGAAAUCUGAGAAAUUCUACCUAGGUUCUAUCCAAUUAUUUUUGUUUGUACUCUUUCCUCCCCUUUUUUUAUGAGUCCUUACCAUUAAAAUGUGCUCCCUUUUUAUUGGCUGCUUAACUUAGUUGCCUCCCCUUUAGUUACCAAGACCCCUGUAUGUUUUGGCAAAGGGGUUAUUUCCUCACAGCUGGUCAAAAUUCAGUGGUUUCAUAAUGAAAGUGAUAAUGCUGUUAGUAUUGUAACUGAUUAUCUGUUUGUUCUAAUUAUAAUCUUGAAUGUCAAGGGGUUAGGUAUCUACCAUAAAUUUUUGUGACUCAUUUUUAUUCCUAUUGUUUACACUGUUAUAUUAAUAUACAUUAACCAUGAGUUGUAGCUUCAUUCCAGAGGCAUUCUUUGUAAGUAGUGUGGUCAUGUCUAUAAUGAAUUGUUAUGAAUGUCUGUACUGUCUUAUAUAUAAUUAAAUAAAUGCCUUGGUGUAAUUUAUUAAAUUUAUGGUAAAUUU